AUGUUGUCUCAUCCUCUUAAAAAGGAAAAUAUUUCCCUUGAUGUCAUUAAAAGUGCUCUAGUAUUAUUUCCUCCAAAUACUGAAGAAGCAAAAUGCAAAGAUAUAGAUACUGUUCAAGCAGAGAUGGAAAUAUUAAUCGGGAUGUGCCAUGGUAGUGAUUCAAAUACAUUUGACAUUCUUAUAAAUAAAUCUGAAGAAAUGAAACACAUUUUACCAUGGGCUAAUAAAAUCUGUAAAUUGGCCUUGACUGCACCAGUAAGUGUCGCAACGAAUGAAAGAUCAUUUAGCAAACUCCGACUAAUAAAAAAUAAUUUAAGAUCAUCUAUAGCUGAUGAUAGAUUGGAUUCACUUAUGAUUUUAAGCGUGGAAAAAGAUGUGGUUGAUCAAUUAGAUAUGAACAAAAUAGCAACAUUAUGGGCAACUUUGAAAAACCGUAGAAUUAAUAUCUAA